ACUAUAAAGCGACGACACCUCUGCGAAAAAUCGAUAUUUUUAAUAAGUAUCUGCGGACACACACAUACAUGCAUCUAUGCCAGUAAUUGAAACUAAGCUAAGAUGAAUCCCCAGCAAAAUUUGAACAUAGAGCCGUCGAUGGUGUCGGAGGCGGGGCACAUUCAAACUCAGUACACGGCAUUCCAAAACUUUGAGCAAUACACGGCGGCAGGAUACUCAAAUGCACCGCUCUAUAUCUCAAAGCCCACGGGCAUGGGGACCCUGACACGCAUGGGGCCACAUUGCUCGACAAUUGGGUCGCAGAACAAAGUGGAAACAGCUCCACAAGAAGUAUCCAUUCCCGGCAUGGAGGGACAUGCCUUGGUGCCGACCGUACGAUACAUACAGGCUCCGCAAUUCGAUGAAGGUGCCGACUUCGGUCUAUCGGGCUUACCACCCUGUGGCCUAGAACCGCAUUACACAGAUGAACCGGUUGUUCCAUAUGGCUACACUGCCGAUGCUACUUAUGGCUUGCCGGGCGUUAGCGCGAAUAUGAAACCGUUUGCGUCGCGGCCGUUUGACAAUAAUCUCAAUGGAUCGGAGCAGGCAAUCGAUGCUCAAUGUCGACCAUUUGAGGGUCAAGGUGAUUUUAAAUUAGCUCCAUUCCCCACAAGUUCAUUAAACUCAGUACCACCGAGAAUUGGUGAAAAAGAAGAUUUCAUUGGUGGUUCCGAUAGUGAUCUCUGUUCAACAAUGAGAUGGCGGGAUCCGAAUCUAUCGGAGGUCAUUAGCUUUCUUAGCAAUCCAAAUAAUGCUAUAAAGGCAAAUGCGGCUGCAUAUUUGCAGCAUCUAUGCUAUAUGGAUGAUCCAAAUAAGCAGCGCACAAGGACUUUGGGCGGCAUUCCACCUUUAAUUCGAUUAUUAUCAUACGAUGCACCCGAAAUUCACAAGAAUGCUUGCGGUGCCUUGCGUAAUUUAUCUUAUGGUAGACAAAAUGACGAGAAUAAGCGUGGAAUUAAAAAUGCUGGCGGCAUUGAGGCAUUGGUGCAUCUCUUGUGUCGGUCUCAAGAAACUGAGGUUAAAGAGUUGGUAACUGGAGUAUUAUGGAAUAUGUCGUCAUGCGAGGACAUUAAACGGUCAAUUAUUGAUGAAGCGCUGGCUGCUAUAGUUUGUAACAUUAUCAAGCCUCACUCGGGAUGGGAUCCCAUCUGUUCGGGUGAGACUUGCUUUUCCACAGUAUUUCGCAAUGCUUCUGGAGUCUUGAGAAAUGUGAGUUCAGCCGGAGAACAUGCCCGAGAAUGCCUUCGAAAUUGCGAAAACUUGGUGGAAUCGCUCUUUUACGUCGUGCGAUCGUCUAUUGAGAAAAAUAACAUUGGAAAUAAAACGGUAGAGAAUUGUGUUUGUAUACUGCGCAAUCUCUCGUACAGAUGCCAAGAAGUUGAGGAUCCCAAUUAUGAUAAGCAUCCAUUUAUUAUACAAGAACGAGCCAUUCCAUCGUCUUCAAAAGGCGAAAAUUUGGGAUGCUUUGGCACAAGUAAAAAGAAGAAAGAUGCUGCUGCGAAUGAGUCACAACAGGACUACAUAUUUUCCACGGAAUAUUCCAAGAGUACUGGCACAAACAAUCCAACUGGCAAAGGCUACGAACAGUUGUGGCAACCAGAAGUGGUUCAAUAUUAUCUCUCUUUGCUGCAGAGCUGUUCAAAUCCUGAAACUCUUGAGGCAGCAGCUGGUGCAAUUCAAAAUCUUUCUGCCUGCUAUUGGCAGCCUAGUAUCGACAUUCGCGCUACGGUGCGUAAGGAGAAGGGUCUUCCGAUACUCGUCGAGUUGCUGCGAAUGGAAGUCGAUCGUGUGGUUUGCGCUGUCGCCACCGCGCUACGCAAUCUGGCAAUCGAUCAGCGCAACAAGGAGUUGAUUGGCAAAUAUGCAAUGCGUGAUUUGGUGCAAAAACUGCCAUCUGGCAAUGCUCAGCACGAUCAAAAUACGUCGGACGACACAAUCACAGCAGUAUUGGCAACGAUUAAUGAAGUCAUCAAAAAGAAUCCCGAAUUUGCACGCUCCUUGUUGGAUGCAGGCGGCGUGGACAGAUUGAUGAAUAUCACAAGACGCAAAGAACAAUAUACGUCGUGUGUUAUAAAGUUUGCUAGUCAAGUUUUGUACACAAUGUGGCAGCACCAUGAGCUGCGUGAGGUCUACAAAAAGAAUGGCUGGAAGGAGCAAGAUUUUGUGAAUAAACAUUUUGCCGCACACAGUAGUAGUACCCCGCCAAGUUCACCAAAUAAUGCCAACAAUACUCUGAACAGACCAAUGGCAUCUCAGGGACGAACGCGUUAUGAGGAUCGAACAAUCCAGCGUGUCCCAAAUGCUUCUUAUCGCAACAAAGACGCAGCCGGCGGAGGAGGUGCCGGAGGAGGAGCAGCAGGAGGAGCUGCUGUCAUGUCCAACAACGAUACGGCAUUGUUGUCGGAAAUGGUUCGAAAACAAUUAUAAAGUGUAUAUUGUUUGUUAAUUAUUUUAUUAGUUGUAGAUACACACACAUUCACACUCACACACAUCCACACACAGACACUCUCUCUCAAACACACACACAUACACACAAACUAUUCAGCUCUUGCAAUAAUGAAGAGUGGACAAAAACAAUUGUGGUUUUACUUGGGGCUUUAUAAUUUUUCUAAUGCCAUUGGGACACGAUGUACAUCGUAAUAAACGCAAUCGUUGAACAAUAUUGAGCUGACGACAACUUUUGUUUUUUAUUGAAUAAAUACAAAAGUUCACAAGAAUUUGGGCCGUAAUAAAGAAAAUAAUAAUAAGUACAUAUCAAGACAAAAUAAUAAAAUUUCCGACUUUUUAGACACCAUUUAUCCGAUUGUCUUCAAACACGCCAACACAUUUUACAGUUUACAUACUAAAAUAUAUAAACAUUUUUGUACUUUUCAUUAUUCAAUCACAUUUGAUGUGCACAAAAAACCCAAGCAAAAGUUAGAAUCAAUAUAAAACCCCAAAAAGAAUUGCUUUUAUGUUUUCUUAUGUUAUUGUAUUACAAACUUAUCGUUUAUUUUGUGUAUGCGUUAAGAUUUUAUAGCAUUGAUUAUAAUAAUUAUAAGUGGUGGAAUUAAUUCACCUAUUAUGUGCAUUUGACUACAAAAUAAAAUAAG